GCAGGCAGGCAUCAGCAUAGGAGAAAGUUGACGGGUGCCAGAGGCAGCUCAUUCAUUUCCACAGUAGUGGACGUGUGUUAUGCUGCCCCCAGCUCUAUACACUCACACUCCUUUAACUUUACCCCGCCAGCCUCUGGACUUUCCUUUAUUUUAGCACCAUGGAGCCGCUGUGGACGAACACCAGCGCUCCCGUACGGCAUGCAAAUACGUACUCUGACGUCGGCGAUCAUGUGGCUUUUGGCGUAGAUCCUCCUUGUGAUCGCCAAUUUUUCCUUUCCUGUCGCCUGUUGUCUGCACGGUUUCUGGGCCGCCGUGAGAGAGUGUAGUGAAGACUCGGGCUGGUUUUUGUCGCUCGGUCGGCGACGGCUUUGGGAUUGUACCACACUACCUGAGCAUCGCGCCAAAACGGCGGGCAGGUAGCAUUGUGUCAUGCAGCUCCAGGAGGCUUGCGAGCACUGGAGCUGACACUGUCAGCGAUCCCGGCCUACUUCACUCCACAACAGUCCCAUCUCCAGCAGACUUUCACGUUCCACUGCCCUCCUGUCCCUCCAGCUAAUAUUUCAUCCCAGGGGUAGACACCCUCUCCUCCGAUUCGACUCUGUGGCUGCUCCGUCUGAGCCCACAAACUCUACUGUUGGCUACACGUCUACACCUUUAUAGUCCUGCAUCCUGGGCACCUCAGCCACAGACUCUUUUAACAUCCCUGGCCAAGCAUCGGCAGAGGGCAGCUUUCCUAAAAGACAAACCUUGUAUCUACCAUCACCAUGUCCAGUCGACGGAAGGCUUCCACUCCCUGUAUGAUCCGGCCAGAGCAGACCAUGGUGGAGAUGGAUGAUGAGGAAGAGGAAUCACACAGUAUGGAGACAACAAAAGAGAACCACAUUGAGGAGGGGCCCAUGGAGGCAGAUCUCUCAACAGGAACAGAUUCUCCCAUGGAUCUGGAUUCAAUGGGAAAUGUCUCAGAUCCCCCCAAAGCUCAAAAGAAACCUGCGACAGAGGUCCGAGACCUUCCCAAGCCUCCGCACAGGCAGCAGGGGGGCUAUGAGUGCAAAUACUGCCCCUUCUCCACACAGAACCUCAACACUUUCAAAGAACAUGUAGACGCCAACCAUCCGAACGUCAUCCUCAACCCCCUGUACCUGUGUGCAGUCUGCAACUUCAACACAAAAAAGUUCGACACCCUGACCGAACAUAACGAGAGAUGUCACCCAGGGGAGAGCAACUUUAAAUUCAAGCGCAUCAAAAUGAACAAUCAGACAAUCUUAGAGCAGACAAUAGAGGGCUGCAGUAACAAUGCGGUCAUUUACAACACUUCCAGUGCCACUGCUGGCAAAGGGGACGAACUUGGCACACAGCCAAUUAGCAGAUCCACCACAGUGAAGGUUGGUAAACCAAAAAUAAUGUCAUCGGAUAAUAAAAGGACAGAGGCUCAAUUCGGCAAAUUGACCGCCGAUCUGGCCAAGAAACCAAUCACGGCGCUUAAUGUCAAUGGGACCGUCAUCAUCCCAGAGUCGACGCUCCUCAAAGCAGACGGCCUUUCUCACAUUAUGCCUUCUCUACAGCGACCUCUAAACUAUACACAGGUGCCGAAGAUCGCAGUCCCCCUCAACACAACCAAAUACAACCCUUCCCUGGACGACAACCUGACACUCAUCUCCUCCUUCAACAAGUUCCCCUACCCAACACAGGCUGAGCUCUCCUGGCUCACUGCAGCAUCAAAACAUCCAGAGGAGCAAAUCAAAGUGUGGUUCACCACACAGAGGCUCAAACAGGGAAUUAGCUGGUCACCUGAGGAGGUGGAAGAAGCCAGGAAGAAAAUGUUUAACGGCACAAUCUCCUCUGUGCCUCAAACGUUCACCGUGGUCACUCCUCAGCUCAACUCCCACUCGUCCGCCAACAUGACUGCCAUCUCUGCAGCCUCCAAAUCUGUGCAGGCAGCAGCCCCUCUCCUGCAGUCUCUACCCUGUCACCUGCUGGGACAGACCAGCCUGGUGCUCACUCCUGUAGCCAAUGGCUCCACGGUCACCUGUGCACCACUGGCACUGACGGUGACUAACCAGGUGGUGCAGUCACUCAAACGACCACUGACCACCCCUCUGAUCACCACAGAGAGUAAACGACCCUCCAUCAUUCAAACCAUUUCAGCGCCCAUGACCACAUCCAAGCUGAUGUCAACUAAAUUGCUAAAUUUUACAGUUGACCCUAAUAAAACAGCAGAGCAGCUCUCAGUACUGAGGUCCAGCUACUCACAUUGUCCUUUCCCUGAGGAAGAUGAGAUCUACAGGCUGAUAGAGACGACUGGGCUGUCCAGAGGAGAGAUAAAGAAGUGGUUCAGUGAACAGAGGCUCCUUAAUCUCAAAGGUGUCCCACAGCCACCAGUGCUGGUGAAGGCAGAGGUGACACCAGCACCUAAAGAUCCUGUGAAGAAAGUGGUCCCCAGCCAUUUUCCGCUGCUGGAGAGAGUGAAGGGAAAGACGUCAGAGCAGCUGAAGGCACUGGAGGAGAGUUUCCAGAGAAGCAGCUCUCCAACUGAGGCAGAACUCGAUCAGCUGGCCCAGGAUACCAGGUUGUCCAAGACAGAGGUGGACUGCUGGUUUUCAGAGCGCAGGGCACUGCGGGACAACAUGGAGAAGACUUUACUCAGCAUGACCUCAAAAAACACAGAGGACAGACAAGAGCAGCCCGGGGGGUUGCUGAACGGGGCCUCUCAUCGAGAGCAGGAUGCAAAACCUCUCCACUCUUCUCCUCACCCACCUGUCCUCUCCUCUUCUUCGUCGUCCUCUUCCUCCCCUCCUGUGCUGGCAGCCUCCUCCCCUCACCCCCCAACCCUCUCCUCUGCAGCAUCUCCUCCCAUCCUCAAUUCAUCCUCCUCCUCAUCUCCUCAUCCUCCCAUCCUGUCCGUCUCCGCGAGCCCUGCUCCGAUCACCAGCCGCUCCCUCACCCUGCUCAAAGAGAUGUUCUGUCGGACCCAGUGGCCGUCUCCCGAGGAGUACAGCCAGCUCGAGGUCCAAACAAGCUUGGGACGCACUGACAUUGUUCGUUGGUUCAAGGACCACCGCUUGGCACUGAAAAGCGGUGAAACCUUGGACUGGAUGGAAUGUUUCCAAAGUCAGAACUUGACUGAGCAGCAGGCAGCGAGUCAGGACCAGAACAGGAGUGUUUCCUCGGAAGUCAAGACUGUGACGGUGGAGGAGGCUGGAGAGAACACAGCUGCUACAGAGCCUUCCAAGCUGUCCGAACAAGACAAAAUACAGUGGUUGACAGACAGAAUAGCCCACAGUGUGACCGACCUGAGCCGGAACAGACUGGACCAAACUAGCCCUGACACUGCUGACAAAGGGAGGUGGGUGAAGGUGACAGUGGCGGUGGGGGAGGAGACUGAAGAAGGAGUGGAGGGACGGAGACUUGCAACAGACUCUGAUGUUAAAUCCUUAGAGCAACCAGGAAGGGUCACUGGUUGAUGGUCGAUUAAAUCGUUGACCACCAUGUGGCGACCAAAUGUGGAACUCGUGAUGUAACUGUCUGCGUGUGAUGUCAUCACAAAGCGUCAGGGACUUUGGAGUUCCACUGUUAGAGGCACUGAUGUGAGGUGCAGAUGCUGACAUUAAGAGGAGUGCCAAAGCUGGACUUGAUGCAUUGUUCUUACUACUAUUAGUACACUUUAAAAACACAGACACACAAAGAGAUGUACGCUUGUAAAUAUUUUUCUGUAUUACAAAAAAAAAAAAUGUUUGUACAGUUUUACUUCGCGGGCAAGUUUUGUUACAUUUUUAAAAACAAGUCUGACGGGUUCCCCAAAACUUUUUUCUUUAUGUUGUCAUUGUUCCAAGUUCAGAGUGUAUGAUAAUCAAUUUUCUUGCUGAAAAUGUUGUCCUUUUUUUUGGGAAAAUCCUUCUUACUCACUACUCUUCAUGAGCAGUCUUUGAUGGCACUUGCAUAUCUACCUGCUGUAAUGAUAGAUGUUCUUAUGAUAGGUCACCUCAUUUCACACUGUAACUUUUUCUUUUCUCCGGUAGCAACAACAUUCACGCUGGUGAAGGUGAACAUCACUCACGUGUGUUUUAGAGAAGGCAGUCAUGAAGAAUGAGCAGUGGCUGAAACAGUCACUCAGGCAGACCAAGACAAGUCAGGAUGAACAAACUGCACUUCCCAACUUAUUUCUUCUGGUUUAUGCAUCAGCACCCGUUUCACAAAACCAUACAGAAUGUUCCUUUUAAUGAAACUGUGUUUGAUCGCACCACGCUGCCUUUCAGCUCUUACCUGACAUUUCCUGUCUGCCUUGGUUGUGGGUCAAGUACAGAAUUGUGGACUUGAAAAUGAUUCUUAACUGAACUUCCGCAAGAACAUCUGGGUGGUGACAGUGGAAAUGUGGCGCAGGGGAAAUGGCGAAAGCUCCUUUUUCUUUGACCUAUUUUCAAGAAAUGGAUCUGAACACACAGGAACUCUUAACUCUUCUCUCUCUUUCUCUCAGCUUUGUCCAUCUAUUCCAAGCAGCACAGAGUUUGCGUGAUUCCUGUUCUGUCGGUUCAUGGUGACUUAAUAUCUGGGCUUGUGACUCGAUGAAACGAUGAAAACUAUGCUGAUACCGUUUGGAGUCGUUGGCUAUUACCUCUUCGGCUACAGCUGUCACGAACUGCUAAGCAUGUGCUUCAACGCCUUUCAUUUUUAAGACACUCAUUUCCA